GUAAUGCAUAAUAAUACCUGGCCUCGCCUUUGUCAAUGUAUUUCUUAGUUAUUAAUGUUCUUAUUGACUGAUGUUAAUAGUAUAAUACUUAAUGAUUAAACAGUAAAUACGUAAUAAUUUCAAAAUUUUGCUUAGCAGUCAAACAUUAUACUGUUACUUGAACGAAUAGAAACAAAAAAAAAAAAAAAAAACACCUACAAAUUACUAAUUAGUUUUCAAGUAACUAUCAACUAAGAAUAAGCCACGGGGACUUGGCUAAUUGGGGUUUAUUCAGUGAUUUCAAUUAUUGUGAUACCUACUUAACAUGGGAUCCUUCCUGUUAUCAUCUUCAUUUGAUGCUGAUGUUGAAAAGGCAACAAGUGGUACUAGUACAACUGAAGAUUGGGCUUUAAUAAUGGAAAUAUGUGAUAAAGUGGGAGCUUCGUCGGUUAAUUCCAAAGACUGUUUAAAAUCAAUAAUAAAAAGACUCUAUAACCAAGACCCACAUGUUGUACUCCAGGCCAUUACUCUUUUUGAUGCCUGCGUUAAUAAUUGUGGAAAAAAUUUUCUACUUGAAGUGGCUUCCAGACAUUUUGAACAGGAAUACCGUAAAUUAUUAGCUAAAAAUUUACCCCAAAAAGUGGCAGAUAGAUUAAAAUCACUAUUAAAAAAAUGGGCAGAAAAUGAAUUUAAAAAUGAUCCACAGUUGAAUCUUAUACCAUCUUUGUAUACUAAAUUGAAACAAGAAGGUGUAGACUUUUCAUUGACUCCAGAUGUAAAUCAUUCAAAAAGUGGUAAAUCAAAAGAUUUAGUAUCAUUACAAGAAGUUGAUGAUAUAGCUAAAGCUAUUGAACUUAGUUUACUAGAAAAUGAACGCUCUGCACAGAAAAAACCAACAGGUGAAACAGAACGGAGAGCAUAUUUAAAAAAAGUUAAAGCUUUGUAUGAUUUUGAGGCAGCCGAAGACAAUGAACUAUCGUUUUCUGCUGGAAAUAUAAUCUAUGUUCUUGAUUCUUCUGAUCCUAAUUGGUGGAAAGGAUUUACUGACAAACAUCCUGAAGGUCUUUUUCCUGCAAAUUUUGUAACAACAGAUUUAUCAAGUCCAAAAGACAUAUCUGAAGAAGUUAAUAUUAAGAAAUCAAAAAUUAAACAUUCUGCUGAAGAUUAUAAGUCUGUUGAAAUUGAUGAAAAUAAAAUUGACAGUUUACUUCAGCUAUUACGUGAAGCAAAUCCAGAAGAUGAUAGUACAGAUACUGAAGAAAUGUCUAUAUUAGAAGCACAAGCAAAUGCCAUGGGACCAAUGAUAGAAGCUCAACUUGAACAGCUCGAUAAAAAACAUUCCCAACUUACACAGUUGUGUACAGAACUCUUAGAAGCGGUAAAAUUGUAUAAUAUAUUCAUGAAAGAUCCAGUGGCAGGCUAUGCUCCCAAACCACAAGCUGAAUCUAUACAGCCUCCAACUAUGUCACCACAGCAUAUGAUGCAUCCACAGCACAUGCAAAUGUAUAAUGGUAUGAUGACUAACUAUGCAUCCUUGCCAGUUGAACAUUAUAUUCCUGGAUCACAGUAUCCAGUUAAUCCCAGUCACAUGAUGCCCAGACCAAAUAUUGGAGGUCAAAUACAUGAUCAGCCAUCAUAUCAAAUGCCCAAUAUGCAUAACAUUCCCAAUUAUAAUCAAGUGUAUGGUCCCGGACAAAGUGCACCAUCUGAAUCGUUACCACAAGUCACAAAUUAUGUACCUCAACCCCAACCACCUUCACAACAGUAAUCCAUUAACAGUAAUUUAUUUUUGUACAAAUAUAUUGAGCCUCGCUUUUGCAUUUUACUUUAAUAGCAUACAAAAUAUAACAAAAAACAUUAAGUACAUAAAUAAAGUAUAAUACAAUUUAUUGCUCAUUGUUAUAAUUUUUUUUUUUAUAUUUUAUAUAUAUAUUUAUAAUACUUAAAAAGAACAAUAGUUUACAAAUAUACAUUGUAUCUUUUAUUUUAUGUAGGUAAUAAAUAUUAUAAAAACAACAAUAUAUAAUUAUUAUAUAAUAUAUAUAUAUAUAUUAUACUAUUAUACUAUUAUUUAAAGGUCAACAA